AUGAUUGAGUUCAUCAAGGUGGAACAUGAUGAAGAAACACAAUUCGACGAUGAAAGAAGUCAGGAGAAACCAUUUGUAAAAUAUGGAAAUGAUUCUCUGGAAGAUGAAGACGAUAGUUUAGACAUGAUCACGGAAGCGGCAAUUACAAAAGAGAAGUUCAUCUUAAACCUGAUAAAUUCUAUACGAGCAAUGCCAGUACUGUGGAAAUUUAACUCAAAAGGUUACAGAGAUCCAAGCGCUAUACAAGAUGCUUGGAACAUACUGUCAGGACAGUUUGCAAUACCUGCAGAACAUCUUAAAGAAAAAUGGAAUUCACUACAAAGUCAGUUUCGAAUUAAUUGGAAAAAACUGAGGCAGAUGCGCGAGUCAUCUGAUACAAAAUAUUAUCCUACGUGGUAUGCAUUUGAAGCAAUGCGAUUUCUUAAAGAAUCCGAUGACAAAGUAACAGAAAAGGUGAUCACACAUCCCUUACCCAAACCGGUAACAAUAAAACGAAUCCUGACCAAACCAAUGCACUUUUCGUCCAUGCCAAAACCGUAUGAACGCGAUUGUGAGCGACGUUACAUUGGCUCCACGGUCACUACGCCACCAAAAGUAGUGCGGAUAACGCCACACUCGUCACAAUCUACUUACAACCCUGCUGCAUUGAUGGGAUAUACUACUAGCAAUAAGAUGGAUCAAUGUGUUAGAAACACGAUUAGAAACUUAUCAAAAAUCACUGACAAAAUAGCUGAGACUGAAUCUUCACCGUACAGUGGAUUGCUUAAUCAUUUGACAGUGGUCUUAUCUAAAAAGCGUGCGAAUGAUUUCAAUGAAAUUGAAGGUGUUCUGCUGAAUUGUUUGAAUGAGUUAAACAAAUUUCCAAACGUAACAAAAGAUUCUAUAAUUGAAAUACCUUCUACUAAUGAUGAUUAUUAUUAUCCAAAAGACGAAGAACGGGAGGAUUCUAACGAUACAAAUGAUAUGUAA